AUGUUCUUGGCCAUCUUCGCAGUAACCUGGCUGUCCAUUUGGAUAUUUCUCCGCUUCUACCGCUAUCCAACCUCGCCGAGGCGCCUCAAGGAAGAAGCGUUAGGCCAUCUAGGAUGUCGCCCGGCUCCGAGGAUGCGCAAGAAAGGCUUCCUAGGGUUUGGCCGGUUGCUUGAGGGUCUCAGAGCAAACCGCAACGAUAGAGGGCCUCAGCAUGUGAUCGAGUCCAUCGACGGUGAGAUGGGGAAGGACGUGCACACCGUCCUUGUGCCCAUGUGUGGAUACAACCUUGUUGUAUCUCGGGACCCUGAGAAUAUCCAAACCGUCCUUGCUGAAAGGGCCGCUGACUGGGACUUUGCCCUGGACCAGAUCAACGACUUGGAUUUGUACGAGCGCCAUGUCCAGGCGCUCUUUGCCGCCAUCGACCGGCACCACGACGAUUCCAGCGCUGAUGGGUGGACACAUGCUUUCGAUUUGCAGCCGCUGUUCUACCACCUAACUCUCGACGUCAUGUCGGAGAUGCUCUACGGUUACUCGGCCCACUCCCAGAACCCCUCGGAACGCAUGGAGCUUCCAGAACUUCCCGGGUAUGCGCCUCCAGACCGCGAGACUAUCGGGAGGCACAUGGACGACGGGAAAGCCUGGAUCGAGACGCGCGGCGCGUUGUGGAAGUACCGUUGGUUGUUGCCAGUCAAACAGUUCAAUAAACACUGCGCAGCCAUCCACAAGUACGCCGAGUGGUUUGUACAACUUCGUCUCGCGCAGGGAGACAAGUACCUGGCAGGGUUACAGCACCAGGGCGCCACCGAUCGCUACGUCCUCCUCCACGAGCUCGCCAAGCUGACGUCGGAUCCGGUAGAGUUGCGCAGCCAAACUCUGAAUGUCCUCAGCGCUGGCCGGGAUACCACUGCUGCACUUCUCGGCUGGAUCAUUUAUUUCCUAGCACGCCAUCCCGACGUCUGGACAGCGCUCCGCCAUGAGGUGCAUUCCAAUUUCGGCCCAUACUGGCCGGGGCAGCCGAGCGGUAUCGAGUUCAGGGACGUUCGUGAUUCCUUACCGUACAUGACCGCGGUGAUAAACGAGACCCUCCGUAUGGCGCCCGUUGUGCCUCUGAACGACCGUAUCUCGCUCCGCGACACAGUCCUCCCACGUGGGGGCGGCGACACUGGGGAUCAUCCCAUAUUUGUCCCCAAAGGGACUCAGAUCUUAAUCCCGACCUACGCCCUAGGUCAGCGGCCGGAUCUAUGGGAUUUUGAUGCGGACCAGUUUAGACCGGAUAGAUGGAGAGAGAACGGAAAACGCAAGUUUGGCUUCGAGUUUGUGCCUUUUGGGGGAGGAGUUCGGCAGUGCCUGGGACAGCAACUGGCACGGAUCAAGGCGGCCUAUAUCAUCAUCCGAAUAAUGCAGCGAUACGACUGCGUUGAGAAUGCCGAGUCGCCACCGGACGCGCCCAUACGAUUUCACCACACCAUCGAGAACAGGAGUGGCAGUGGCGUUCAAGUCAGGCUUCACAAGUCGAACCUAGUCCCAAACUCUGGGAACGGCGAGCUGAAACCAAGUAGUGGGACAUCACAUCAAACAUGA